UCAGCUGCAGCAUGAAUGGCCUUGCGGUAGCCUCCCCAGGGCUGAUUGCCAACUCCUCCCUGGCCAUCAGCGAGCAAUGUGGCCAGGAGACACCACUGGAGAACGUCCUCUUCGCCUCCUUCUACCUCCUGGAUUUCAUCCUGGCGUUCGUUGGCAAUGCACUGGCCUUGUGGCUUUUCAUCCGGGACCACAAGUCAGGCACCCCGGCCAACGUGUUCCUGCUGCAUCUGGCCGUGGCCGACUUGUCCUGUGUGCUGGUCCUGCCCACGCGUCUGGUCUACCACUUCUCUGGGAAUCACUGGCCAUUUGGAGAAAUCCCAUGCCGACUCACCGGCUUUCUCUUCUACCUCAACAUGUACGCCAGCAUCUACUUCCUCACCUGCAUCAGCGCUGACCGCUUCCUGGCCAUUGUGCACCCGGUCAAGUCCCUCAAGCUCCGCAGGCCCCUCUACGCCCACUUGGCCUGCGCCUUCCUCUGGGUGGUCGUGGCUGUGGCCAUGGCCCCGCUGCUGGUGAGCCCGCAGACGGUGCAGACCAACCACACGGUCGUCUGCCUGCAGCUGUACCGGGAAAAGGCUUCCCACCAUGCCCUCGUCUCUCUGGCAGUGGCCUUCACCUUCCCUUUUGUCACCACGGUCACCUGCUACCUGCUCAUCAUCCGCAGCCUGCGGCAGGGGCCGCGCGUGGAGAAGCGUCUCAAGAGCAAGGCGGUGCGCAUGAUCGCCAUGGUGCUGGCUAUCUUCCUGGUGUGCUUUGUGCCCUACCACGUCAACCGCGCUGUGUACGUACUGCACUACCCCAGCAGCGGCACCUCGUGCGCCACGCAGCGCGUCCUAGCCUUGGGAAACCGCAUCACCUCCUGCCUCACCAGCCUCAACGGGGCGCUCGACCCAAUAAUGUACUUCUUUGUGGCCGAGAAGUUCAGAGAUGCCCUUUGUAACCUGCUCUGUGGCAAGAAGCUAUCGGGCCCACCCCCCAGCUUUGACGGGAAAACCAACGAGAGUUCCCUGAGCGCCAGGUCCGAGCUGUGAGCCCCAGGUGUCCCGGCCAGCUGCAGCCAGUCACAGGCCAGCUCCCACACAGACGCACAGACCCGAAAAGGGAAGUCCACCUUCUCCCCAGCCUCCCUUGAGGAAAGAACCUGAAAUCU